AUGAUAAAAAGGUCAGCUAAAAGUAUCAGAGCUAAAGGAGAAAAACUAAAAUUUCUAAAUAAAAGACCACAGUUUGAUGGCUCGCAUAUGAAUACUGGAAAGGAGUUACUAUCAAAUACUGAUAGAAAUGACCAACUAUCACUGAAUCAUAAAAUAUCAAGACAUGUUACUGCAUCGUCGGAUAAUGAAAAACUUGAAGACAGCAAUUUGAUGGAGGAAGAUGAAGUUUUAAGGCAUACCAAUGAUGACGAUAACAAAAAUGAAGAUGAUGACAAUGUUGAGUAUGCUGAAGAUGAUAAUGAUGACGAUGACGAUGACGCUGACGAUGACGAGAACGAAAAAGAUGCUUUGGUCGAGGAAGAUAAUGAUGGUGAUCAAAAUGGUAAAUAUAACAACGAAAAUUAUGAGAUUAUGUAUGAAGAAGAUGCAGAAUUUAAUAAUGAAAAUUAUGAGGACGAUGAGAACGAGGAUUAUGAGCAAGAACCAGUGCUUAAUCCAUCUUGA